AAGCGCUUCCGUGUGACGCUUUAGCUCUUCCUGCGGAACAGGUCCUCAGCGGAGUCGGUUACCGGAGUCAGCAUGUUAAUCAUCAGUAACAGGGUUAAACUGUGCUCGCUGGCGUUCACCGCGGCGCGCAUGUACGCCACCGGAGCUCAAGCCAACAACAACCCGGUGGUGUUCUUCGACAUCGCGGCGGAUAACGAGCCGCUCGGUCGAGUCACCUUCGAACUGAAUGCGGAUGUUGUGCCCAAAACAGCAGAGAACUUCAGAGCUCUGUGCACCGGGGAACAUGGCUUCGGAUACAAAGGCUCCAUCUUCCACAGAGUUAUUCCACAGUUCAUGUGUCAGGGAGGAGACUUUACAAAUCACAACGGGACCGGAGGAAAGUCCAUCUACGGCCCGAGGUUUCCAGACGAGAACUUCAGACUGAAGCACACCGGACCAGGUAUCCUGUCGAUGGCCAACGCCGGACCCAACACCAACGGAUCGCAGUUCUUCAUAUGCACCGUCAAAACCGAGUGGCUGGACGGACGGCACGUGGUGUUCGGCAGCGUUAAAGACGGCCUGGACGUGGUGAGGAAGGUGGAGGCGCUCGGCUCUCGCCCGGGGAGAACCGCCAAGAGAAUCAGCAUCAGCGACUGCGGAGAGCUCAAGUAGAGACGUGACACUGAGACACUUCCUCCGUGACGCCCCUUAUGUCCAAGACACACACACACACACACACACACACACACACACACACACACACACACACACAGAGUUCGGCUCACGGAGAACAAAAGCGUUACAUGGAACCGUUUUUGUGCCGAAAAAAACUCUGAAAGCAAAUCUGUGUGUUUGAAAUGAGUAGAUGUAGUUUUUUUUUCCAUGCAAUAUUCCUAUGCGCUGUGAAUCAUCCUCAGGUAUUAAUAAUAAUAAUGAUGGUCUGGACUGAGAAGGUCACGCGUCUGACCAGGACUCACGCAUGGAUUCUGGAUUAGGGCCAGUUUGGUGAAUAAAGCCGAGAGCAACGA